AUGAGCGACAGUGACGACAGCGAUUUCUUCGUUGAUGAAUCGCCAAAAAAGAAAGCACCACCCAAAAAGCCGCCGGGGGAGAAGAAAGCUCCCGCGAAGCCGAAGGAACACAAAGAAAAGAUAGCCGACAUAUCGAUGACCAUGACGGAAGAAGACAAGAAUGUGUUCACAAACAUUGACCAAGCAGCCUCAAAAGGCAAAAAAUUGGCCAUCGAGGACAUCUACCAGAAGAAAUCGCAACUCGAGCACAUCUUGCUUCGUCCAGAUACCUACAUUGGGUCUGUGGAGUACACUGAGAAGACCUCCAUGUGGGUAUAUGAUUCCGAGACGGAAAAACUCGUCCUGAAGGACAUACAAUAUGUGCCUGGUCUGUACAAAAUUUUUGAUGAAAUUCUUGUAAAUGCUGCCGAUAACAAACAGAGAGAUCCAAAGAUGAAUUGCAUUAAAAUCAACAUCGACAAAGAGAAGAAUCAAGUUUCGAUCUUCAACAAUGGUAAAGGGAUCCCCGUUGUGCAUCACAAAGUGGAGAACAUGUAUGUACCGGAAAUGAUUUUCGGAACACUGUUGACGUCGUCUAAUUAUGAUGACAGUGAAAGAAAGGUUACCGGAGGUCGUAAUGGUUAUGGAGCUAAGCUAUGUAACAUAUUCUCAACCGAAUUUACCCUCGAAACAUCAUCGAGAGAAUACGGGAAAGCUUUCAAUCUAGUUCCUUUCACUAUUUCUACCCACUGGCGACGACUAUACCAAGGUGAAACGCGAUUCUUCCAAGUCACAUUCAAACCUGAUCUGAAGAAGUUCAAAAUGUCGCACUUAGACGACGACAUUGUUGGGUUGAUGUCACGUCGUGCUUAUGACAUUGCCGGCAGUACCAGAGGCGUAAAAGUUUUUCUAAAUGGGAAAGUUCUUCCGGUUCAAGGCUUCAAACAGUACAUUGAACAGUACACAAAAGAUCUCACGGGCCCAACUGGCGAACCAGCAAAAGUUGUUUAUGAAUUGGUAAAUGAACGUUGGGAAGUUGCGCUCACCGUUUCUGAGAAAGGUUUCCAGCAAAUAUCAUUUGUCAACAGCAUCGCAACUACCAAGGGAGGUCGUCAUGUCGAUUACGUUGCGGAUCAAAUGGUUUCCAAACUGAUUGAUGUAAUCAAGAAGAAAGUUGGCAAGAGUACCGUCAACGUCAAACCAUUCCAAGUCAAAAAUCAUAUGUGGGUGUUUGUGAACUGCUUGAUUGAAAACCCUACAUUUGAUUCGCAAACGAAAGAGACGAUGACUCUACAAUCGAAGUCGUUUGGAUCUAAAUGCGAGCUCAGUGAAAAGUUCACGAAAUCGGCAGUGAGCUGCGGGGUUGUGGAUGCCGUUCUGGCCUGGGUAAGAUUCAAGCAACAGGAAGAUAUGAACAAGAAAUGCAGUUCAAAGAAAACUACAAAGCUGAAGGGUAUCCCAAAAUUGGAAGAUGCUAACGACGCUGGCACGAGGAACUCACAGCUGUGCACACUGAUUCUCACUGAGGGAGAUUCAGCCAAAACGUUGGCUGUUUCUGGUCUUGGUGUGGUCGGCCGCGAUCGCUAUGGUGUAUUUCCUCUUCGUGGUAAGCUACUCAAUGUUCGCGAAGGAAAUAUAAAACAGGUGGCCGAAAACGUCGAGAUUAAUGCCUUGAUCAAGAUCCUUGGUUUGCAAUACAAGAAGAAGUACGAAACGGAAGAAGACUUCAAGUCGUUACGUUACGGAAAAGUGAUGGUGAUGGCAGAUCAAGAUCAAGAUGGAUCUCACAUCAAAGGACUUGUAAUUAACUUUAUUCACCAUAACUGGCCAAGUCUUAUACAGCGCAACUUUGUCGAAGAAUUCAUCACCCCCAUCGUUAAGUUCAGGCGACGAAAGGAAAAGAGGAACUGUCAUUCUUCUCAAUUCCUGAGAAUAACACAGAGAACUGGAAAUCGUACUUCCACCUCAAAAGAGGCUAAGGAGUACUUUUCUGAUAUGGUGCGUCAUCGCAUUAAAUUCAAAUAUGGUGGAGCAGAGGAUGAUCACGCAGUUGAUAUGGCGUUUUCUAAGAAGAAAAUUGAAGAAAGAAAGGACUGGCUGACGAAGUGGAUGGCCGAAAAGAAAGAGAGACGAGCCAGAGGACUAGAGGAAGAGUAUCUAUACAACAAGGAUACUCGUUCGGUCACCUUCAGUGACUUCGUAAAUAAGGUAUCUAGUGAUCUAUUGUAUAAUUUUAAAGGUGUGAUGUUCGCUUGCUUCAAGCGUGCCGAUAAGCGUGAAGUGAAAGUUGCGCAGUUGGCUGGUGCUGUUGGAGAGUUGUCAGCGUACCAUCAUGGUGAGAUGUCUUUGAUGGGAACCAUAAUCAAUUUGGCGCAGGAUUUUGUUGGUUCCAAUAACGUGAACCUGUUGCUACCCAUCGGUCAGUUCGGUACUCGUCUUCAAGGUGGAAAAGACAGUGCAUCUCCUCGUUACAUUUUCACUCAACUCAACCCUGUGGCUCGAACGAUUUUCCCUGUUGUUGAUGACAACAUACUCCGCUUCUUAUUUGAAGAAAAUCAGCGUAUUGAACCGGAGUGGUAUUGUCCGAUCAUACCACUCGUACUUGUUAAUGGUGCAUCAGGUAUUGGUACUGGAUGGUCAACGUCAAUUCCAAACUACAACCCCCGAGAGAUUUGUGAGAAUAUGCGAAUGCUUAUCCGUGGGGAGCAACCGAAACCCUUGAUUCCAUGGUUCAAGAAUUUCCGUGGUACCAUGGAGCAACUAGAUUCCUCGCGUUAUGUAUGUUCUGGUGAGGUCGCGGUUCUCAGUGACGACACUAUUGAAAUUACCGAACUCCCGGUGAAAACGUGGACCCAGUCAUAUAAGGAAUCUGUGCUUGAACCAAUGCUUGAGUCUAGUGACAAGAAGCCACCUAUGAUUAGUGAUUUCAAAGAAUACCAUACUGAUGUCACGGUUCGUUUCGUUGUAAAGUUGCCUCAAGGUAAACUGAGAGAAUAUGAAGCUGAAGGUCUGCACAAGGUGUUCAAGUUGCAGACAGUACUGAAUACCACUUCAAUGGUGUUAUUCGAUGCAGCAGGUUGCCUUAGGAAGUUCAAUACAGUAGAGGAGAUCUGCGCUGAGUUCUUCGAGACGAGGAAACAGAAAUACAUCGAGAGAAAGGCGUUCAUGGAAGGCAUGUUGCGUGCGCAGUCCAAUCGGUUGACUAAUCAGGCUCGUUUCAUUUUGGCAAAAAUCAAAGGAGAGAUUGUCAUGGAGAACAAAAAGAAACAAAACAUCGUCGAACAACUCAUCAAGAAAGGGUUUGAUCCCGAUCCCGUGAAGAAAUGGAAGGAACUUCAGAAGAAGAAGGAGUUGGAAGAAAGUGGCGAGUACGACAUGGAGGAUGAGGAGCAAGAGAGUGAGGGAAACAAAGAUCUCGAUACAAAACUCUCCGACUACGACUACCUCGUUGGAAUGGCUUUAAUUAAAUUGUCUGAAGAGGAGAAGAAUAAGUUGCUCAAGGAAAGUGAUGACAAGAUGAAGGAGUUGCGGGAGUUGGAAUCGAAAACAUGGGCGGAUUUGUGGAAUGCUGACUUGGAUACUUUCCUCGAGGCAUUGAACAAACAGGAAGCCAAAGAAAAAGCUGAUCUGGAGUCCAAUAUCAAGAAUGCUGCAAAGAAGUUCGUCAAGGAGGAGAAACCCACGGUACUUUACUUUUUUUCAACACAUAUUUUGUUCCCAUCGAAAGACGGAAUUCGUGUUGAGCCAGUUAUCGAUAAGGCGAUGAAAGAGAAGUACGACAAGAUAAAAAAACCGAGAGAACCGAAAGAACCGAAGCCGCCAAAAGAACCCAAGAAACCGAAAGUUGAAGGAGAUGACAUUAAGAAAUUCCUUAAGGUAAAGAGAAAGAUGACUUCUAGCAGUCAUGAUGUCUUUGAAAUUCCUAGCGACGAUGACGAAAAGCCAGCUGCCGCAAAGAAAGCUCCGGCAAAGAAGGGAGCUGCACCAGCUAAAAAAGGGAAAUCAAAAAAAGAAAACGGUGCAACCGACUCUCCUAAAAUGACGGACUUUUUCGGGAAAAAGGUCUGUCUUUCAGCGAAUAAAUGA